CGACGAAGCAACAGCUAGCUGCAACCUCACGUCUGUCAGCCACAAAGCGUAUUACCAUGCAGAAGUUUAGAAGCGCCGAUUUCUCGCCCUGAUCAGGCUCAAAACAUCUUUCGACGAAACGCGCGACGCCUUGGGGUAACCGCGGAUCAUGGCUGGCCUUUUUAUUUGUUAGUGGUUGUUACUUCAAAUGUGCAAAAAAAAAAGUCAGUGAGCUGUAGUCGACGUCGAACAAGAUGGCAGCAGUAGCAGUAGCAACAACACCGAUGCAGGGUUUGGCGGUGGCGUGGCUUCUCGCUUCGAGCCUUUUUGACACGAUGACUCAUUUGGUUUACGAGUCUUACUGAAGGUAUGGCCUCACAAGUCUUGAUUCAGCCAUCACACCUGCACUCAGCUCAAACAAGUGCCUUAGGAACCAGUAACAGCAAGCACAAAGGGGAAGCCCACCGCAGUAAUAACACCACCAGAGCCUUUCCCAGACUACCCCCACCUAAAACUUAUGUGAUUGGAGUCAACUACGGAAUUGCCUACCCCAACAACGUAAUCCCAUCAACAGUUGAUGACUUUGAAAGACUGCACAGGUCAACUGCAAUUAAACAAAGUGAGGAGAGGGGACCUCAUCUAUUGGGAUCGCGCACUGUGGAUGGGAGAGGAAAAGGCCUUGCUGGGAUUGAACAUCAGGGGUCUCUUUGUCACAACAAAGGACCACAACAAAGGAGAAUAUUUAGAGAGGAAAGGGACAAAAACGAAGCCGGUGGGGAAGAAGUAAACCUAGACUCAGGUGUGACCCAGAGAUGCAAACAGAAGAGAGGUGAAGUUGUAGAACUACGGCAGGAUAACAACUGUGUUGGAACCAUGCAGAUAGUGGAGGAGGUAUGUAAUCUACCUUCACUGCCCGCUUCUAAGACAGUGUUGCAAACCAGUACCCGGAAUCAUGAUGUUGCUAGAAUAGGGGGUAAGGGGACUCUGCCUCCUCAAGACAAGGUUGGGGAAUUGACUGGCUUUGGGAAUGAAAUGAAAGGGACAAAAAUCAGGUCAAACAUCACUUCUGAGGUGAUGGCUACUGCAAACAGAUCAGGAACAGCAGAUGGUGACUAUCAGUUAGUUCAGCACGAGGUUCUCUGCUCAUUGAAGCACCGCUAUGAGGUUUUGGAGUUUCUCGGACGUGGCACCUUUGGUCAGGUGGUUAAGUGCUGGAAGAGGGGAACGAAUGAAGUGGUGGCUGUCAAAAUACUGAAGAACCACCCAUCAUAUGCACGUCAGGGACAAAUUGAGGUGGAGAUACUUGCCCGAUUGAGCAGUGAGAACGCAGAUGAACACAAUGUGGUGCGCGCUCUGGAAUGCUUUCAGCACCGCAGUCACACCUGUUUGGUGUUUGAGAUGCUGGAGCAAAACCUCUAUGACUUCCUUAAGCAGAACAAGUUCAGCCCACUGCCACUCAAAAUCAUCAGGCCUAUACUGCUACAGGUAGUAACAGCUUUAAAGAAACUGAAGUCGCUGGGUUUGAUUCAUGCUGACCUGAAACCAGAGAACAUCAUGCUAAUUGACCCGUCCAGCCAGCCAUACAGAGUUAAGGUUAUUGAUUUUGGCUCUGCCAGCCAUGUCUCAAAGGCCGUUUGCUCCACCUAUCUACAGUCCAGAUACUACAGAGCGCCAGAGAUUAUUUUGGGCCUGCCAUUUUGUGAAGCUAUUGAUAUGUGGUCAUUGGGAUGCGUUAUAGCUGAGCUCUUCCUAGGCUGGCCCCUUUACCCCGGUGCUUUGGAAUACGAUCAGAUCCGCUUCAUCUCUCAGACUCAAGGCCUACCUGCGGAGCACCUGCUCAACAAGGGCACCAAGACCUCCCGUUUCUUCUGUAAAGAGUCAGAAUCCUCUCACCCCUCUUGGAGACUUAAAACAACAGAAGAGCAUGAGAAAGAGACAGGACUUAAAUCCAAAGAAGCCAGAAAAUAUAUUUUCAGCUGUCUGGAUGAUAUUGCACAGGUGAACUUCGUGUUGAGUCCCGACAACAGUGACGUGCAGGCAGAGAAAACCGACAGGAGAGAGUUUGUCUCCCUACUAAAGACCAUGCUGCUGAUAGAUGCAGAGGACAGAACUGUUCCCUCCAUUGUCCUCAGUCACCCUUUCCUCACUAUGACUCAUCUGUUGGAACACGCACAUAGUAACCAUGUGCAGUCAUCUUUUCGCAUAAUGGAUAUGUGUCAUGGCCGCCCCAACAGUACAGUUUUUGAUGCAUUGAACCACAACACCAUUCAUUUCUCAAGACCUCCUGUUGGUCCCACGGCUUCGUCUGGUCUCCCUCUGGGCUACAGCAACAUACCCGUUCACACUCAGCCUAUUACACAAUCAGCUCCUUCAGUGUUGCAUCCUGGGAUUGCGCUAACAGGGAGAAAUGGUCAGUUUGGAUGCAGUGACUCCUUCCCACCCAUUCUUCUUUGUCCACCCAGCAUUCAAGGUAACCUUAACCAAUCAGUCAGGUAUUCAGUUCCUAUGGUACCUCAGGCUCCUCCUAUCCAGGCUCUCCAAGUGAGGCCUAGCGUAAUAACACAGCCAGCCUGGUGUAAUCGGGGUCAGCAGCUCCUGGUACAAGCAGCCUGGCCACAGAUGACUGCAGUCGGUCUGCCCACGACUCAUCCUGUCCCACCACCCACGUCUUCCCUAACCAGUGACACCUCAGUCUGCGCCCCAAGAAUCAGCGAGUGGGGGAAAGUCCGUUAUACUACCUUGAUGCAACAGCCGCUUCUGACCAAUCACAUGCCAGCUGUCUCUGCACAUCAGCCUCUCAACAUUGGCAUAGCGCAUGUUGUGUGGCCACAGUCAGCUAAUAAAAGAAACCGGCACCAUCACAACAGGAACCUGUCCCACCCAAUUAAUAUCCACACAACUCAGUGUCAAUCCACCAAAACGGCCAAUGUUGUUGGUCAGGCAUUAUAUGGAAUCAGUAACCCUCAGAGAGAGGUACCUCUGGUGGAAACCCAACAGCAGAAACAUCUAAAUUCAGAUCAGGAGGAAGAUGAUUUACAAGAGUGUGUGGGCUGUCUCAAAGAGGAUGUACCAAACCAAGAGCUGCAGCAAGAUAUCUCGUUUCUCAUGGGUGACACACCAAGCCCGACACCCAGCGUGAUCAGCAUCCACAGUGAACCAACAGAUGGGGAAGAAGUGGAGGAGGACAAACCACAAUUGUGCUGUCUAAAAGAGUGUAAAGAGCAGUGUGCAUGUGAGGUAUGCAGAAACACAAGUGUGACUAUGGAAAGAGUGUGUUCUCUUAGCAGUCCUGACAGCAGCCUCAGCACCAGUUCAUUUGCAUCCAACUCUCUGCACUCGAGCCCGUCGACGUCACCCUGCAAAAGACCCAACAGUAUGUCUGAAGAUGAUGGUCACGAGAGUGGCUGUGAAACUGUAGAGGGCUCCCCUACAUCCAACACUUCGUCCCCCCACAGCAACAGUCCAUAUUGUUUCCUCGACAACAGCAACCACAACAGCCUCCCAGAUGUUCCUGCUGUUGUAGCUCCAUUGCCUUCCCUUGCAUUGCAGGGUAGCAUUCCUCGAGAGAUCAGGACAAUGGUGGUUCCACCAAUGAGAGUGCAAAACAACAACAGUCAAGGAGCACAGGAGCGUUUCCAGAGAACAGGUGCCGCCAUUGGUUUCCAACCACAACAUCAAAGAAUGGAACGGCAACUAUGGGCCACUGCGACCUCAUGCCUUUAUCCCCCCUACUGUCCACACACACAGCUUCCCACACCUGCCACACAGCAGCCCCACGCACAAUUUAGGUGGCCACCCAACGCACACCCUGUUGUCUUACCCUCCCAGUGGACCCCUUACCACAGCCCCGCACCCUAUGUUGACCUCUCAUCCUCCUCUACUUCAGCACAGCUACAGCCUCUCCCACGCCCAAGCGGGCGCUGUAGUUCACCAGGUGACCAUAGGCCUCAGCAGCCACUCUCAUCAUCCUGGCUAUCACAGGCUCCUCCCCUCACCGACAGUCCACCCGCAUCCACAGCCUGGCUACGCCCGUCACCCCCGCCAGUUCAAUACUGCCUUCCCCCCGCCACCGCCCCCUCCUCACACAUACAUGCCCUCACCGACCACCUACACGGGCUUCCCCCUGAGUCCCACCAAACUCGCCCACCGCCCUCAGUUCUCUUACAUUUGAGGAGCGGAGCAGGGCUGCAGCAGCACCCGCGGGUCACACCAUGGGUCACAAAGGCCAACAGCAAAUACGGUGGGGCUGCGACAUGGAGCAAGUCGAGCUUGCGGCAGGGCGCAAAACAAACACUUGUGAUCAGGAGAGGAAAAUGAGUUUGGCAAGAGGGUGAACUCAUGUUCAAUUGGUUUUGGAGGACAGUUAAGUUCAAUGCCUCUCGAAUCUGAAGGUUAAUAAAGCGGUGGUUGUGUUAAUCUGCCGGCGGGUGAAUAAUAUAAAGCUUUAUCGAGAGGGCACGAGACGAAACCUAUUUCACAAUAUUUAAGGCUGUGUCCUUUGCACAUACCUUCUGUCAUGUGUUAUAUGCGUAUCUGUCACGCGGCUACUUUUCCCUUCAUCUCGGUUGCCUUGUAGCAUGCGCGGAUGUCAAAGCCAUGCUUGGAUUUGAAGGCUGUCUUUUGUUUGCUGCUGCUGCCAGUGCCUUAACAGCAGAGUCCAAGAUGUAUAUAGUGCAUUCAAUGAGGCGUGCAGAACUUAUUCAGACUCUGAAUAUGAUAGGCUUUUUGGGGAGUAUGGGGAUUCUUUAAUAUGUUUAAAUAUUAUUCCAUUUCAAUUUGCUUGCUAACUCAGAGUAAGGAUUUACUAAAGCUACAGGCUGAACAUUUAGGGCUUUGACUGAAUGAUUUUUGUAUGUGUAUAAAGAGUGAUUUGAUAUUUUGAUAAUCAAUUUCUACUCACUAUAGUACUUAAUGCAUAACAGUAUUGUCACUGUUUACUGUAACUGCAAUACAAUCUGGAUAGCCUCUGGGUUGCUGUGUGUGUGUGUGUGUGUGUGUGUUUAGUUUGAUUUGCAGUUUUUAGAUGUUUGGGAGUGGCGUAUUUGAAAUCUAGUAACUUGCAGUAUCCUUGCUGGGCUGUUUCGUGUUAAAGGUGUAUUGGUAAAUGUUUUUGUCUAAACUGUCCUAGAUUGAAGCCCGUCAGUUUUGUUACAUUCCUUCAGGGUGAAUUAUGCAUAGCCUUGCUAUUCUUGUGAUUUUUUUUUUUUUUUUUUUUUUUUUUUGUCAUUUUCAAUUUUUGUGCGGAGUAGUGUUCAGCGGGUCUUUUACGGCAAUCGGCACCAAAGACAUUGUUCAUCAAUAAUUUUUCUGAGGCACAGUCGCUGUUUGUUCUUUCACCUCCAGCAAACUGUUGCAGUUUGACAUUGAAAUAAAUAUUGUCAGAGAUCUAUUUUAGAAAUGUGGUUUUAUUUUUCUGAGCUAUAUUUGGUAAAUUGUAUUUGGAAUGUAUCGAUAUUAAGCUGCUAUGUACUGAUUAUCUGCCACUUUGUAGCUGUGAAUUCAAUUAUUUAAGCCUGCAAUUCUCUUUGUAUUGUAGUUCUGGUGACUAGAAGUGGCUUUUACUUUGCUCAUAGGGUAUGAACGCUAUCCUACAUGCUAGUGCCUCUGUAUUUUGGCUACAUUAUUUUGAAGUGAUUUAUAAACUGCUGUAACGGAAAUAGAGCAUUUACUUGUUUUUGUUUUGUGUGUGUGUGUGUGUGCGUGUGCGUGUGUGUGUGCGUGCGUGCGUGCGUGCCUUUUAGCAUCAGUAUUUCAUCUUGAAAUGUAGGUUGAGAUUAACUCUUCGAUUGUGUAACCAGUGUGGUGUUCACUUAUUUUUGUUCGAGCUUGUAUUGUGACAUGGCUUUUUUCCCAAUAUCGGGCUGUAUAUGCGACUCUUUGUACUGUACGACUAGUGCCUUUGUCCAAACUGGCUGACGGAGGAUGUCUCAUCGAUGUCAUGCGAAUUGCAGUUCCUUUGUAGAGGAUAGACCCCUAACUUCGACAUCAACAGUUUGAAAACCAUUUUUUUUUUUUUUUUUUUUUUUUUUUUUUUACUGACACAGAAUCCUAAGAAAGUACAAGUCAGGGAAUGUUUAUUGCGCUCACCAAGAACACCGCACACGACUCAAAAACGUAGGCCCUGAGUUUAGACAAAUGCAAAGCUUUACUCUCACACCUGAAUGUAUUUGUAGAAACAGCGAAAUCUGUUCGAUAAGAUGCUUGAUCAACGUUCUCUCAGUUUGUGAUCAGAGCACAUACUAUAGUUCUUGUAUGCAUCUUUUUACCAUAGGUAGGCAUCAUGUGUUGUUGUCAGGGGUUCUUCCAAAAUGCUUUAUCCAUGAAUCCAAGUUAGAUUCCCUCAUCUAUUUAUUGUAAUGGUUUUGCUAUGUCUCCUAUAUAAUAUGUAUUGUAUGUAUAAUUUGCUCCUGUGUUAACAAUCCUAAAACAAAUGAGCGGUUGCUCUGUUCAAAGUGCGGCCUUAAGUUUGAAUUUAGCGUGCGUGUGUAAUUGUGCCUGUGUGUCGUGGAACAGACGUCUUCAUUCACAUAGGAAAUAAUUUGGUUCCUCCUUUGCUGGCUCUUAUUCAGUAUCAUAAUUAUAUCGAUUGUUUGUGUCAGAUCAACACCAUCACAUGAGAUGAAAACACAAACCACCUCAGUGAUGUCCCAUAAUCCCUUCCCACUUUGGCUGGCCUAUUUAGCCUGCAGCCUCACAUGGACUUUUGCAUCAUCAAAGGCACCAGAGGUUCAAACAGUUCCCGCAGGCACAUGGAGCCCAGCACCCUUACGUAUCAAAUUAGGAUAAAUGUCUUAAAUAACAAUAUGUUUUAGUCCCAGAUUGAUCUGCUUCUUCUGUCUAAGUUAGUAGUUCUAACUCAAUAUAAAUGUUGUGUGAAGAUUUCUUUUUUGGGUAGCGAGAUACAUAAAUGUCCAGUUAAGUCCCAGACUCAUUUAUAGUAUAAUUAUUACCACAGUUCUCUAAUUAUUUGGUUGAUGUUGUAUUUGGGAGUCAAUUUUGUAGACACGAUUGGUAAGUCAAAUCCAUUACUGGUCAAAAUAAGUGUACAUUUGUGUUGUUUUUUAUGAUUUUGUGUUCUUGAGUGCUACACUAGUUUGACAUGUAGCAACUGCACUGUGCAAUAUAUAACAUUAUGAGGACUGGGGAAAUUAUUACUGUUUGGCUGUCACACGUGUCAUGUGUGCGAUACUUUCCCCCCCCCCCCCCUCUCGUUUGAGUUUGAGUGUAACCAGACCUUAUUAUGUACUUGGUCACAAAAAGCGGGUUCCUUCUUGGUGACUUAUUAGUGAGUGUCAAACUAUUAAUUGAUGUCAACGUUCACUUUGAAAUAAUAAUAAUAAAAAAAAAUC